UACGCGGCCCCUCUAAUUCUCACUUGUUUCCGAAACUCAGUCGUGGUUUCUCUAAUUCCAACCAUCAUUUCUCACGAAUCUUCAGUAUGUCCUGUGCUUUUACGAACCAGAAUUCAUUUAGUUGACGUUCAGUUUUCUGCAAUCUGCGUGAGAUUUUCCAGUUUCUUUUGUGGAGAGUAAACUUGCUGCUAGUUUUGGUUGCUGCGGCCUGUUCUGUCGAUUCUGUGAAUUCGUUUCUGCGGCGAAAGUUUUGGGGGAGUGACGGUAGCGUUGGGAGUUUCUGCGAGUGGCGAGGAGGGAGGAUUUGGAGAAUGUGUUCGCAGAGGGUUUAGUUACGAUCUGUGACUGCAUUUUGGUGUGAAGCAUUUGGAGCGCCUUGUGGUUGUAGAACUCGAAUGGAAACCUCUUUGUCUUUCUUCUGAGUUGCGGAUUAUAUUGGAAGAGUCGGAAUUUACAGUAGGGUUUAAGCUGCUGUUCUAAUACUUUUCAACCUGCAGAGAUUUUGGACCAGCUUACGACGAUUUACAUCGCGGAUUUUUCGGAGUUUCAGUCUUUCGCUGAAUUUAAUGUGGUUCCAGCAGUGUCACGUAUAAUACCGGUAAUUGCAACGAAGCAUUUCGUUCUCUUGAUUGUAACUGGAGAACACUUCGCAAUUUGUCAAUGACAGGUUUAACCACCUUCCUGCCUUUCCUCCGUGGAACACUUCUAGGACUUAAGCUUGGUGUACGCCAGCGGCAUGUUCUACCAGAUUCUCAUCGUAUAGUUGAAGCGUCUCUUGCCCGUGCUCACGUUCAGUGCUUCUCUCUGCGAGCAUGUCGCGCAUCGAAAGCGAGUGACGCUAGUACAGUGUGUGUCGAAAGCUCUGGUCGAAGCUUGGAGUGGUUAGCCAGCAAGACUCCGAUAAGAUCUUACGCUUCUUCUGCUGAUGCAAUGAAUGCAACCGUUUCGUCUUCUAAGCAGAGUCAGGUGUUGAAGGAGUUAGAAAAGGUAUUAGGAUCGCCCUUGGACACCCAACCUCAAGCUCCUCCUCCGAAUCCCCUUGUGGUAGUCAUAAGUGGCCCCAGCGGUGUUGGCAAAGAUGCCGUUAUUAAGAGGUUGCAGGAGAUUCGAAAUGAAAUUCACUUCGUGGUCACAGCUACUACGCGACCAAAACGGCCGGGUGAAGUAGAAGGAGUAGACUAUUAUUUUAUGAGUAAGCCAGAGUUUCUCGACUUGAUUGCUCGGAACGAGCUUAUUGAGCACGCCUUGGUAUAUGGUGAUUAUAAGGGAGUCCCAAAGAAACAGGUGAGGGAGUGUAUGAGCACAGGUCAGGAUGUACUACUUCGACUGGACAUUCAAGGGGCUGCAACAGUUCGAAAACUUUUUGGGCAGGAGGCGGUCUUCAUCUUUUUGGUGGCUGAGAGUGAAGUUGCCCUUGUUGAGCGACUAGUGGAACGAAAAACCGAAAGUAUUGACAAGCUGUUGGUCAGAGUGGCCACGGCACGAGAGGAGGUCAAACAUAUAAAUGAAUUCGACUACGUGGUUGUAAAUGCAGACGGCCAGCUGGAGCGAACGGUCUCUCAUCUUUGUUCGAUCAUUGAUGCUGAAAAAGCCCGUGUACAACAACGUCAUGCUCAAUUUUAGAAAUAUCCAAGGCUCAUUUUGGGUAGAAAUUCUUUCAUUCCUACGAUCUGCGAUGUGUGUAGUUCAUUCUUUUUUCAGUAGUUGUCCUUGAGCCAAAGAUACUUGGGUAAUUUUGUCUGGUCACUCAUUCAAUAGGUAUCUUUACCUUACUUUGUACUUAAUUCAGUAAGGUUGAGCACCAUUUUUUUAUCUUA